AUGUUGCGCCCCAUACCGGCGGUCGGCCUUGCAAGUGCACUCAUCCAAACUAUCGACUUCUCCAUCAACGCAUUACGCAAAGACCAUCCCAUCUUCCAGCCUAGCUCACCUUCGACAACACCGCUCGUGGAAAAUGCAGCCUUCCUGCAAGAUAUCAUACACAAUCUCUAUCGCCUAACCGACCUAAUCGACAACUCUGAGCUCAAAGAGCUGUACGACGAAAAAUCAGCAAAGAGCGCAAAAACAGCCAAGAAACUUAGCGAGGCAGCGCUGCAAUUGUUGAAGCAUGCUGAGGUAGUCAAAGAACUGACAGCUUUGUUCAUCGACGCACUAAUCGCUGCGCAAGAGAAGGGAAAAUUUGGUGACCCGCGAUGGCCCACUGCGCGCGAAGCAUUAUUGAACGGGGUGUGGAAGAAGGCCAACGUGACAGGUACAAAGAAGAAGUAUCGAGCCCUUCGUCGCGAUAUUGAGACGAGCUUACUACUCGCUAUGCGCCAGUAUCUGGAUCAAUCCAUUGAGACUGGUCUCGCUUUGUUCAGCGGCGACGAAGGUGUGCACACGAAGCAUUGGGAAAAGUGGCAGAAUCAAACCCUCGAUAUGAUCCACAGCAAUGAUUGGAAAAGCAGCAAGAAGAAGGAUGUAGAAGAGUUUUCCAAACAGGUUGAUGCGCUCAUCCAGGCAGAGAAGGAAGCAUACUUCCGCGCUACCAUCUUCGAGAGGCUGUGGUUCGAGGAGAUGGAUGAAAGGAUGAAUAGCAUCAAUAGUUCCGUCAAUUUAGGGUUUGAGUGGGUGAUGGGAGACGGCUCGAGACAGGUUGGCGGUUUGCUGGAGUGGUUUACUAAUACGAGGGGCGAAGAAAUAUAUUGGCUCACCGGUAAACCGGGCUCAGGGAAAACCACUCUGAUGAAAUAUCUCUUCCGCAAUCCACUCUUAUUCCCACAUCUCGAGGCGUGGUCAGGUCAGAAACCCGGCAUCACGUCUGGAUUCUUCCUUUGGAAUAAUGGGACAGAGCUGCAGAAGAGUUCCAUUGGUCUACUGCGAGCCAUCAUCUACGAAACUUUACAGGACAUGAUAUUUGGGCCCCUGGAAGAAGACGGAGUCAUUAUGCAGAACCUGUUCUCCGAUCGCUGGAAUGCAUUCCAAUCCUACGCUGGCGGCCUACACGAGUUUACUUUUCCGGAGCUGAAAGUAGCGUUUGAGGGCUUGGUCGGCGAUGCAAACAAGAAGUUUCUCUUCAUGAUCGAUGGGCUGGAUGAGACGGAUGAUUACCCGAAGGAGUUGAUGGACCUCGUGUUCAGCACUUCGCGGAGAGACAACGUCAAGUUCCUGCUCUCGGCUCGAAGUUCACCAGUCUUCUAUUCAGCGUUUGAGAAUAAGCCUAGAAUGGUGCUGGAGGAAUACACGAGAGAUGAUAUACAGACUUACCUGAUCAAAACGUUCGGCGAGGAACCAAAGUUGCAUUCGCUCAGAGGGAAGAUGGACGGCCAAGAGGAAGAGCACAUCGUCGGGAUGCUCGCUGAAAAGAGCUCAGGAGUAUUUCUGUGGCUGAAACUCGCCACCACAUUUCUCUUCGAAAAUCUAGAGCCCGAUUCUGACUUCCUUGUCCUAAAAGAUCGUGCGGAGGGGCUUCCCUAUCUCCUGGACGAUCUGCUCGCCCACAUGCUCAGCAAAAUGGCUCCAGAAGACGUCGAGGUAGUUGGAAAACUGCACGCCCUCCUCUCACAUCAAGACAUAUGCCCGGCCAUCCUGCCUUUCUCCUUUGCUUUCACAGCCGAGACGUCAGCAACACUAGCCGCAGAUGUACGGCCCUUGACAGCAGUCGAGAUAAGUAAGAGAGUCGAAGACAUGCAGACCCUGACCCAACAGCGGUGUAAAGGACUGCUAGCCAUCUUCGACACCACACCACCCGAUCAACACGCCAGUACCGAGAGCCUGAGGAUAAGCUAUACUCACCGCGCGAUAAGAGACUACUUCUUUGCAUAUCCCGGUCUACUCGAAACGAGCCUGAACAACGCGUCAGAAGAAACCAACUGGAACGCACCCCAACAAUGGGCGAACGCUCAUCUCUGGGUCCUUAAAACCCUCUCCCGCGCUCCCCCACUCCAAGUCUGGACCCCACUAUCUAGUGCCUUAGAAAGCAGCCUCGAACUGCAUACAGCCACAAACAAGUUCCCACUAACCUACAUCCACGCCGCAUUGACAACCGGCGUCUUCCUUGCUCUAAGAAGCGAAACCGGCCAUGAUCUGCCCCAAUACCCCUCCUCUACCCUAUCAACCUCCACCUCCACAUCAACCUCUACUACCUCCUCCGCCUCGGCAUCCACCACCCCGACAACCCUGACAACGCCCCUCGACCUAGCUGUCCUCCUCAACCUAACCGCCUACAUCGCGCUCAAAGCCAAGGCCACAGACCGCCGAGAAGUCCGGCACGCGCUCGAUUACAGUCGCGGAAUGAGAAAACGUAUGGGUGCUGGCGGGGAGCAGAUUUGGCUAUUUGGCGAGGGGAGGGAGAGGUUGAGAAAGGAGUUUGAGAGGGGGAGACAGGAAGGGGAGGCGCUGUUGGAGUACUAUGCCAAGGCAGUGAGGUUUGGGGUUAGUAAGCCCGAUGUUGAGGUGCCGGAGUGGGUGUGA